CCUCUCCCUUCCCUCUAAAACAGGGAGAAAUGAGUCAGGCAGAGAGACUGGGGCUGCCUUCCUCUCCCCCUCCUCUCCCUCCUUCACCCUUCUCCGACCGCGGCCUCACCCUGACAGAUGGCAAAGGGACCCGGCACUGCGGCGGGGCGAUCACGGGGCGCCUCACCUUCCCACUGCUGUCGGUCACUCUCCUGGUGUCCUUCGGCUCCUCCACGCUCUACGGCUACAACCUGGCCGUGGUGAACGCACCAGCAGCGUCCAUUAAGGCUUUCUACAAUGCCACUUGGUCCCAGCGGUAUGGGCACGGGCUGGCCCCCGGCCCCCUGACCCUCCUCUACUCCCUGACCGUCUCCUUUUUCGCCCUGGGCGGGCUGCUGGGCUCCGUGCUGGUGGGGGUGCUGGUGGCACGCUACGGCAGGAAUGGCACGCUGAGCCGCAGCACUCUCCUCGUCCUCCUGGCCGGCGCCUCCAUGGGCUUCAGCCGGGACCUGGGGUCCCCCGAGAUGGUGAUUUUCGGCCGUUCCGUCAUGGGGGUUCACUCGGGCAUCUGUCUCAGUGUGGUGCCCCUCUACCUGGGAGAAAUCGCCCCCAAGAGCCUGCGGGGUCUCCUGGGCCUCGUGCCCAGCAUCUUCAUCUGCCUGGGGGUUUUCUUGGCACAGGUCCUGGGGCUCCCGGAGCUGCUGGGCGAGGACAGGUACUGGCCCCUCCUCCUGUCCGUGGUGGUCGUUCCUGCCUUCCUCCAGUUCCUGCUGCUGCGCUGCUUCCCCGAGAGCCCGCGGUACCUGCUGAUAGAGAGAAACAAUGUCCAUGGGGCCACCGAGGCCCUGCGCCGGUUCCUGGGCACUGCCGAUGUGCAGGAUGAGAUCGAGGAGAUGAGGGAGGAGCAGCGGGCGCUCUCCUCCGUGGAGACGCUCUCCGUCUGGCAGCUGCUCCGGGACCGCUCCGUCCGCUGGCAAACCCUCUCCGUGGCAGUGGUGAAUGCCGGCAUGCAGCUCUCGGGGAUCGAUGCCAUCUGGUUUUACACCAACACCAUCUUCAAGGAUGCCGGGAUCCCAGUGCCCCAGAUCCCCUACGUCACCGUGGGCACCGGAGCCGUUGAGAUCAUCGCGGGGCUGAUCGGGUGCGUCACCGUGGAGAAGCUGGGCCGGCGGCCCCUGGUCCUCGCGGGCUUCUGCGCCAUGGGCCUCUGCUCGGCGGGCAUCACCGGCUGCCGGUUGCUGCAGGCAGCGCUGCCCGGGAUGCGCUACGUCGCCGUCGCCUGCGUGGUCGGCAUCAUCGCCGGCUUCUGCACGGGACCAGCUGGCGUCCCCUUCCUGCUGACGGCCGAGCUCUUCACGCAGGCUCACCGCCCGGCCGCCUACAUCGUGGGGGGGUCCCUCAACUGGCUCUCCAACUUCACCGUCGGCUUCGUCUUCCCCUUCUUGCAGAUGUCAGCCGGCGCCUUCUGCUACCUGUUUUUCUGCGGCGUCUGCCUGCUGGUGGCCAUCUACGUCUACCUCGUCAUCCCCGAGACCAAGAACAAAACCUUCGUGGAGAUCAGCCAGAUCUUCGCCGCCCGCCGCUCCUUCCUCUCCGCCCCGGCCCAGCUCAUCAGGAUGAUGAAGCUCAGUGGCUAUGGGGCCCUGGACAACAGCUCGCUGGAGGGCCUGAGCCCCCAGCUGCUCUGACUUCCCCCAGCACCCCCCACUGCAGGACCCCCACCCCGGAUAGGGGCACUGGGGGUGGCGGAGGAGCCUCAGGGCUGCCGGUGCCAAAUCGCUUAGGCUCCAGCCAGCUCUGGGUCUGCAGGACCUGUCACACUGCUGUGCCUUACCCUUUCCCCCAGCCAUCUCCUGCUCCUCCAGCCCAGGGAUGCAAGUCACAGGUCCCCAGGUGGCUGGGAGCAUCAGCACCCCCCAACCCCCCCAGCACUCUGCUCCCUCCAAACCUUCCUGGUGGUGGGAGGGAUGUGGACCUGGGCCCACGCCACGUGGGUCCUCCAGCCAGGGACGCUGCCAGCUGCUAUUGCAAGGGUCUAUCGUGGGUGAAGCAACCUGCUCCAGGAUCGUCCACGUUGCUGCGGCCAGUGGAUGCCAACUAGCAGGCAUCACCCCCGUGCUGGAAAAGCUGCCUUUCCAGAGAUGGGACCUUCUGAAAUGCUAUGGGGCAGGAGGUCGCCACGGACAUCACCAGAGGUAUUUAAUAAAGAACUUUGCCUCCAGG